AUGGUGUUCCAUGAUGACAGUCCUGUAGUUAAUAUUAAUACUAAACACAAUUUUGGCUUUUUUCAGGUGCUCGUUACAAUCUAUGCAGACUACAUUGCUCCUUUGUUUGAUAAAUUCAUUCCACUUCCUGAGGGAGAGCUCAAGCAACAAAUUGAAGUAAUGGCAAAGAGCAUUGACUUCCCAUUGACGAAGGUGUAUGUUGUUGAAGGUUCAAAGCGUUCUUCUCAUAGCAAUGCUUACUUCUAUGGAUUCUUCAAGAAUAAGCGGAUAGUGCUGUUUGACACGCUCCUAGAAGAUUAUUCUGCAUUGAACAAAGAACCAGUAGAAGGAGAAGAGGGUGAGAAUGAAGAAACAAAGUCUAAAACAAAAAAUAAAAAGCAAGGAUGUAAAAAUGAAGAAGUUCUGGCUGUUCUUGGUCAUGAAUUGGGUCACUGGAAGCUAGGUCACACUGUCAAAAACAUUAUUAUCAGCCAAAUGAAUUCCUUCCUCUGCUUCUUCUUGUUUGCUGUUCUGAUUGGUCGAAAAGAACUCUUUGCUGCAUUUGGCUUCUACGAGACUCAGCCGACCCUGAUAGGCUUGAUGAUUAUUUUCCAGUUCAUUUUUUCACCUUACAAUGAGAUUCUCUCCUUUUGCUUGACUGUAUUAAGCCGACGAUUUGAGUUUCAAGCAGAUGCAUUUGCCAAGGAACUUGGAAAGGCUAAAGACCUAUAUUCUGCUUUGAUCAAACUAAACAAAGAUAACUUAGGAUUUCCUGUUUCUGACUGGAUCUUUUCAAUGUGGCAUUAUUCCCAUCCACCCCUUUUAGAAAGACUUCAAGCCUUGAAAGAUGCAAAGCAAGAGUGACAGGAGCCUGUGGGGCAGACAGCACUUCCAUCCAGAGGCAAAGUUAGGAACAUCUCUUAAAAACGGGUGUGAUGUUAACAGCACGACAAAUCCAAGAAUCCUGAAACAGUAUUAAAUUAUGACUUUUUAUUUUUAAACAAAAACAAAGUGGUGGAAUUUAAUUUAGAAUAAAGUCUUGGGUGAAGGCCAGGCCUCCUAUGCUCUGGCUUGUAUCUCCGUAUAGAUUUGUAAGGGGAGAAAAAUAUAAUAUUUUGAGGCACCUAUUUCUUAAAUUUUACAUUGGUUUUGAUUCUUUUCCCCUUCUUGGUGUUCUGUGAACUUUCUCUGUCUCCACCUUCACUCACAAUGAAGACGUUUUGAAUGCUAUGGUUUCUUACAUCGUAACUGUACUAGCCGGUCACUGUGUUUAAAAAGAGUUUAAUGCAGGUAUGAGCCUUUCAGCUGGAGUUAAAUCCAUGUCUGUCGUAAGGGAAAAUGCUGUUUCUCUGAAAUGUGACAAUACGGAUGAGUCAGAGCCAAAGAAAUAAAUCAUGGCCUCCUUGAAAAUGAGGAUUAGUCUGUAUUCAGUAUUGGUACAGAGGGAUACAUUGGGCUGUCCUCUUCUCCAUUCUGCUUCUGGGGGUGCAGAAGAAUGUUAAGGAGAAGUGAAGGCAGGACCCAUGCAUUAAAGAAAGUUGCAAGUUCUUUGGUCUUCCUCCUCUUGCUUAUAAGCAUAAUGGUUAACAGCAUUUCCACACCUCGGUUCCUCCAUUUCUGUCAACCUUUGCCUAAUUUAAUUGUGUAUAUGGAAGAGAUCUGAUGCUCAGGCAGUGUGUUCACGUUGAACUUUAAUUCUGAGGUCCGCAGAGGGUUUUUUCAUUCAUCUGGACUUAACUGAAACAGUGUGGGAACUCAGAAAAUAUUGCUUGUGAUCAUUGUAAUACAAGUAAUCCAAGAUACGGUUUGUCUGUAUAGGCUGGGGAAGGGUGAAGGGGUAUUUGGAGAAAUGGCUUCUGCAUCUGUCAUCACAGGCAAGAUGUGGAAUUGAAUUUACUUUUGUUGAAUAAAGAUAGAAAUUAAAUAUGG